CUUGUAGUUCCACUUCUCGGCACAGGAAGGCGCUGUGACCCGUGCUCGUACCCACCCUGUGAUUCUCUUGGUAACAAAAUCUGUGUUGUCAAACGUUGCUAAGGAAGUUACAGAGCUACCCAUUAAAAUAGCCACUGUGAGACUAACCAGCACUGUACCAGAGGUGUAUGUAACUUAGCGAUGAGAGAGCAUUGUCCACCUGACCACAGCUGGUCACAGACAUGACGAGAGGAUGGCUGAGAAUGGAGAGGACAGCGGCCUCCUUCAGUACUGUGAGGGUCCUGACCUAGUUGUCAGUGACAGCAGGCCACUCAAGACAUCCUUGGUAGAUGUCAAACCAUGCAAGGAACAUAAUGAGGCCCAUAAACUCACUGUUAAAAACACAGAGAGAGAGAUCAGUCCAUACCAACCUCGGCCACCCUCACUACCCAGGCAGUCGAAAUCCAGCAAAAGUGGCUCAGUUGAAGCAACAGUGAGAAACAGGAGGCUAAGAAACAGCCAGGAGAGUCUGAGUGACCCGGCUGAGACUGGCUCCUCCACAGACUCGCUUAAAGAGGACCAAACAGUUCCAGCUCCAGGUGGGCUUGUUGUCAGUAGUGCUGCCACCACCAGGAACCAGGACUCCAGUGUGAGACCCCACUCUGCUGUUGCGACAGGAUCCCCAGUCUUCCGGGAGAGAGGGGGCAGUCUUUCUGAGUAUGAAAGGAGGCCUCGCAGCCAGCAGAGUGACCCCACAGACCACUGGGUGAGGUCCUCCAAGGUGCGUCUGUCUCCGGUGCAACCCACUGGGCCGCUGCCCGCUCUAGAGAAGAGCUAUGUGUCAGCCACUUUAAGGGCUGCUAAUAGGAUUGACAAGGAUUGUUUGGAUUAUGUCGGGCUGGCCAGAGAGAAACUCGGGGAGAGACUCCACAGGAACCUGAGCGACAGCCGACUUCUGGAGAACAUGGGGUCAGAUAGUGCCUCUGUCAACUCCAUGAGGUCCACCUACAGUGUGCUUAGCCCCAUCAGACCGCAGGAUGUGAGGAACAGGUACAGUAGGAGCUUUCUGGAGGGCAGCGUGCUGGGAAGCGGUGCCCUACUUGGGGCUGAGGAGCUGGACCGCUACUUCCCCGACAGGAGAGUUGGAAUCUACGUCGCCACGUGGAACAUGCAGGGAGAGAAGGGGCUGCCAGUCAACUUAGAUGAUCUCCUCCUUCCAACAGACUCUGAAUUUGCACAAGACUUUUAUAUUAUUGGGGUUCAGGAGGGCUGUCCUGAUAGGAGGGAGUGGGAGAACCGUCUUCAGGAAACUCUGGGACCUUAUUACGUGAUGCUGUAUGCAGCAUCACAUGGGGUUUUGUAUCUCACUGUAUUUGUCAGAAGAGACCUCAUCUGGUUCUGCUCAGAAGUGGAGCAUGCCACAGUCACAACCAGGAUCAUCUCGCAGAUCAAGACAAAAGGGGCUGUGGGAAUCGCCUUUACCUUUUUUGGCACUUCCUUUCUGUUCAUCACAUCCCAUUUUACCUCUGGAGACGCCAAAGUUUACGAGAGAAUACUUGAUUACAACAAAAUCGUUGAGGCUCUAGCUCUUCCGAAAGGCCUUCCAGACACCAACCCCUACCGCUCCAUACCAUCGGACGUCACCACAAGAUUCGACCAGGUCUUCUGGUUUGGAGACUUUAACUUCCGACUGAGCAAGGACCGGGUUGAUGUGGAGACUAUCAUGAACCGCACAGUAGGCGACGAUAUGAACCCCCUGCUGGAGCACGACCAGCUCUCCAAGGAGAUGAAGGAUGGUUCAAUCUUUAAAGGCUUUCAAGAGGCAACAAUACACUUCCUCCCCACGUACAAGUUCGACAUAGGCUGUGACAUCUACGACACUACUUCUAAACAGAGAACGCCUUCAUACACAGACAGGAUCCUGUUCAGGAACAGGCAGGCUGAAGACAUAAAAGUGGUCAAAUACACCAGCUGCACCAGCAUCAAGACCUCAGACCACCGGCCGGUCAUCGGUGUCUUCCAGGUCAAACUAAGGCCAGGCAGAGACAAUAUCCCUCUGGGUGCAGGACAGUUCGACCGAGGCUUGUACUUGGAGGGCAUUAGGAGGAGGAUGACCAGAGAGCUGAAGAUGAGGGAAGCCAUGAAGAGCCAAAGUAGCAGCACCAUCUGCGCCAUCUCUUAGACCCUUAAAGUCGACUCGUGAAGACCAGACCAGACCAGACCAGACCGCACCAGGCUGGACUGGAUCAAACUGUGCCAGAAACAGGCAGGCAGGCAGGCAGAAGAGGACCAAAAGGAAACCAGAGUUGUCUUAACUACGCAGAACUCAGUGCUGGUUGUGGUAACUGAGCAGAGUGCGCCCUCUAUUGGGCAUUCUUGGGAACUCUGUGAGUGUGUCUGUCUCCUGGCUGUACUUGAGGGCAGGGACCUUGAGGUCAGACAGAAGUUUGCAGGCACAGCAGCAGUCUGGCCUUUAUUUAUUCAGCCCCUUCAACUCAAACAUGACUGAGACAGAGUUGGGGGGGGGGGCUGCCAUCGUGGCUUAUUCUUCAGUCACAUGCUGCAGUGUGAACUGAUUUAACAUUGUAGGCUGCUCUGUGUAACUGCAUUUCAUUUUCUAAUUCAUUUUUCGGCAUUUAAAAAGCAUCAUGAACCAGUGUUACGUUUUUUUUUUGUGCUACAUCAUUGUUCAAAUGCCUUGGAAAUUGUCAUCAAAUAACGAAUGAAACAUAACUGCAGUAAACACUUAGGUGUCUGCCACUGGUCAAUUUUUAACCUGAAUUUUAUUGAGCUGAACGGUUUAGAGGAGAGAUGCUGUGUGACUGAAGAAGGGAGCUGUUUUACAUUACAUGACAUUAAUGAACACUACGGUUAUGACGCAUUUGACAGCUUAUAUUUAACUUUUUUAAGGAACUCACUUCCGAUGAAAUAGAUGGGGCAUUUUAUUUAUACUGUUAACGCCUGUCACAAGUUUUUCUCUUAUUAGGCCAAGUGAUCCUUUGCGCCUGAUUGUAACUUAUUGCCUUAUCUUUCAUCUCACUGUGUAACCUCAUAUACACUAUGAACUGUCCUUGUACUGUAUGUUAUGUACUGCAUUAAUGAACUUGCAUUCCCAGCAUGAAGAGCAGUCUGCUCCAAAAAAAGUGCCUGUGGGUUUCGUUUUCAUUUCCUCAGGACCUCUUAUCUUUUUCUAUGUCACCUAUGAUGUAACACCCCUUAAUAAACAUUUUA